AUGAUGGUGGCAUUUGUUAUCUGCACCAGUCUAAUCGGCUUCUACUCCCUCCCUUCGGUGUACAAGCACAUCUAUCCACGGCCUCAUAACUCUAGUAUGGGUAUCCUCCUCUUUAAUGCCACCUGCAUCCUCAGCAUGUCUUCAGCAGUGCCUCUUCAGGCGAGUUUUCUUGGUCUGGCUACACCCUCCUUUCCUCCAGUCUAUUACUCGACUCUAAAUGGGGAAUUCUGCAGGCCUGCCAAUUACCCCUGUCCCCAGCUCCCUCUUCAACCUUUACUCUCACCCUACUCUACCCACUACCUAGACGUCUUUCAGUCAGACGCCUUCUCCCCCAAAGAGUCCUCGAAGCCUCUUCACUACUACAACUUGCAGUUGCAACACCAUGAGCAGGACCCCUCACGAGUAAACGCCCUUUGGAUGAAAUGGCGUCACCCGAUCCAAUAUCAGCAUCAUCAGCGCACAACGCCUCUGUCGUCGACGCCUCCGACACGGGGAUUGAUGAUAGUGCUGGUCUACAACCUUGGUUUCAUUGCCAUCUGCUGGCGGCUCUUCCGACUCCAUGUCAGGGAUCUCGUAAAGGUGAAGGAGCACGUGGUCUCAGCGUGGGUAUGGUGGCUGGGUGCCGCCCCUUCGAACUCCACGCCCCGCUAG